CUUAGAACAAAAAUACCGCCCGAAAGUAGAACGACCAACGCCAGUAUAUCCUGAAUUUAUCAAUGCGCUCGUCUUCGAAGAAACAACGAAGGCGGCAAAUCGUACAGCGGAGAUGGUUGCUUCGAGCGGCGGAGCACUUGAUCUUCCCCUAUUAUGUACUACCAUUAACGCUCUGUUCCCGAUUCGAUUUCUGAUCGCUAGCACGUUUGUCUACGCCUCCAGUCGCGCGCGAGCUUCUUGGCGAGGCGGCAGAUUAUCUAAGACCAAUUAAUAACCGCCGAGAAGCAUGAUUAGAGGGACUUGUAUAGUUGUAUGGGCCGGCAACGCGACUGAUUUGUGCGCAAGGAGAUCCGGAGAUGCUCUCUCAAAGAUGAACUUGGGGCCAUAAUCUGAGUCAACUAGUCAAGACAUAGUGACAAGAUAUCAGUAACCCAGGAUAAUGUGCUGAAGUCUCUUCCUACCCAUGGUCACCAAAUAAAAGACCUCCAACUUGUCCAGUCAGAGAAAGUGUUUAGUUCAAUAAGGGCCAUCGGUAAGAAGGCUGAGACCUUAUGGGUGAAGUGGAUCUACACUUAUAUACUAAGGGAUCAAAACCUUUGGUUUCAUGAAGUGCCCAGCUAAUGCUUCCGGGACAGCGAGAAAAUUUUUUAGUUUAAGGGAGCUAGUUCAGCCUUGGCUUGAUAAUUAGCACCCCUGGGGCCCCUUUACCAAGUUUAUGGGGAAAGAAUUGUGUUUAGUUUGGGGAGAUCCUUGAGAGCUAAAGUAGCCUCCAUCAUUCAUAGAGGAGGUUGAAGAUGGCCUAGAAGCAGGAACGCUACCAUUGCGGAGAUCAUGGCAAACACUCCAAACCAGCUUCUUCCUUGUAAAAAUCUUCAGGAUUCUGUAAAUUAGACCCUUUCUCCGACUGGUUCCGUCUCAAUUAAGUCAGCUUGGGACGCCUUGAGGAGAUCUGAACCAAUUGUCCCCUGGUUCAAGGCUGUUUGGUUCAAACAUUAGGCGCCAAGGUGGGCUAUUAUGCAUUGGAUGGCCUGGCAUCUAGAGACAGGCUCCUGAAUUGGGGUGUGGCUGCAAUCAGCACUUGUGUGCUCUGCAAUGGUGCUCCAGAAGGCCAUGAUCACGUAUUUUUUUGCUGUCGUUAUUCUAACAAGAUGUGGACUUUCUUCCUGAGAAAUAUCAGAGCUCAGAGGACUACUGUUAUUCUAGAGCAAGAAGUGGUGGGGCUUUGUGGCCAGUAUGGGGGUUAAGACAUGCUUCAGGAUGUUCACAAACUGGCUUUGUAUGCUAUCGCCUACCAUUUGUGGGGUGAGAGAAAUACCGGAAUUUUCAGAAAUCAAGCCUUAGAUCCUGGUGCCGUUAUUCUGGGAUUGAGAAAGACGUAAGAUGCUGCAUUGAUGCCCAGAUGCAUAUUAAGGAGUCUGAAGUAGGCUUGCGUGGUUUGAAAGGCACAUAUAUUCUAAGGUGUUCUCUUCAUGAGAACAAUGAACCUUGUGCAAAAACUGUUGGAGAGGCUAAGGGCCAUUGUGAAUUUCAAAAGCUGGGAUUAUUGUGUUCUUUGGCAAUUGGCUGACGAUCAAAGGUUUCUUGACUGGGUAGAUUGUUGCUGUGCUGGAUCUGAGAAUAUCCAAAAUGUUGGGGAGGAUCUUUUUCCUGUUUCCUCGGUUCCUCAUUGCAGAGAUGUCAUGUUUCAGCAUCCAAUCGCCAAACCUUGUGAACUUCUUGCUGAAUUGCCCUCCUCCAUUCCCCUAGAUUCUGGAUUUUACAGGAUUUAUGCUCAAGCCUUAAUGUCAAACCAAGCCAGUUGGUUGAACUUCUCGAACAACGCAGACUCGAAACCUUUGGAAGAAACAGUGGGGACUAGGGUGCUAAUUCCGGUUCCCGUUGGACUGGUUGAGCUGUUUGUUUCCAAACAAGUACCCGAAGAUCAAGAAAUUGUAGAUUGCAUUGCAUCUCAAUGCACCAUGUUAUUAGAACAACAAUCAAUGAUCCAUUCAAGCAGCAUGGAUCCGAACUUCUCAAUGAACGAAAACAACCAAAUGGACCUCAACAAUAAUCUGUUUUUAUCAUCGCCGGAAAAUUCAAACCUGCCAUACGGCGUCACUGCUGACAGAAUGCAGCUCCAUUCUCCGAUGAAUUCCUUCCAACCAUUCGAUCACACAUCAGAAACUAGAGCUAGUAGCAAGGCGGCCUUCUUUGAUGGAUUCAACAGUAAUGGACUUCAGGCUAUGGAUUCAACUGGACAACCCAUGACUAUGGAAUCUUCUUCUUUGGUACUUAACAAGGAGACGGAUAAGGAUUCGGUUAAACACGAGACGGGUAGAUCAGAGUCGAUAUCCGAUGAUAGUGAUGGAAAUGAGGACGAAGAUGAUGCCAAGUGGCGAAGGAGGACAGGGAAAGGGCCUCAGUCAAAAAACCUUGUUGCUGAGAGGAAUAGAAGGAAGAAGCUCAAUGACCGGCUAUUCGCUCUUCGUUCUUUGGUUCCCAAAAUUACCAAGUUGGAUAAAGCUUCAAUCCUCAGCGAUGCAAUUGAAUUUGUGAAGGAAUUGCAGAAACAAGUAAACGAUCUCCAACAUGAACUUGAAGAGCAAUCAGAUGACGAAGGAAUAAAAAACAAUGGGCAAUCUGAGAAACUGAAUGUUGGAUUGAAAUGUGAACAUGAAGAGACUCCUGAUGGAAAUAACGUGGGAGCAGCCAACAAUGGUGUUGCCAACCCCAAAAAACAAAAUCAUGAUGCGAGUAUUUAUGAUCACAAACCACGGCAAAUGGAGCCUCAAGUAGAAGUGGCACAGCUAGAUGGGAAUGAGUUCUUUGUGAGGGUAUUCUGUGAGCACAAGAGUGGGGGCUUUGUGAUCUUGAUGGAGGCUUUGAAUUCUCUUGGCUUGGAAGUAACAAGCUUGAAUGUGACUAGCUACAGAUCUCUUGUUUCAAACGUUUUCCAAGUCGAGAAGAUGGAUAGUGAAAUGGUUCAAGCAGAUGAUGUUAGAGACUCCUUGCUCGAGAUAACUCGAUUUGGAGGGUGGCCUGAUCAAAUGGCCAAAACAUCUGAGAAUGGAGAUGGCAUGGACUAUCAUCAUCAUCAUCAUGUCCAUGGCAGCAACUGCUCGAACGGCCUCCACAACCACCAAACCUGCUCUCACCACCUCCACGACCUUCGUCACUGACCAGAAAUCGCAUGAGAUUUCUAAUGAAAGUGUCAUUUCUUUAACUUCUUGGACUUUCUUCAUAGACAAAGUUUACAAUACCAUUGGUAUUCUCCAGUUUGAUAACUGCUUUGGUUUGGUUUAGGCAUUAGUACUUCUUACUUGUCUUGGUUGCUUGGAAGUGUUUCAGAAAAUAAACAGAACUGCGAAUCAAUGCAUUUGAGGGUAGACUUUUGUACUGCU